AUGAAGGCUCAGAAUCUGAGUCAAAUAGCAAUUCGCGCACAACAACAACUCGUCACAAACCCAAACCCAAACCCUCAACUGUUGAACCCUUUACUAUCACUCCUCACGAAUUCUCAAAAUGCAUUCUUUCAACUCUACAACCAAAUGCUCUCACACCCUUUAUCCCACAACCACUACACCUUCACCCACGCCCUAAGGGCCUGCUUCUCCCACCACGCGCGCUCCAAAGCUCUCGAAAUCCACGCGCGUCUCCUCAAAUCGGGCCACUACCUCGACAUCUUCAUCCAGAACUCGCUUCUCCACUUCUACCUCGCCCACAACGACGUCGUCUCCGCCUCAAACCUCUUCCGAUCCAUUCCCUCCCCCGACGUCGUUUCAUGGACGUCACUAAUAUCGGGCCUUGCCAAAUCGGGCUUCGAGGCCCAAGCCCUUCAUCAUUUUUCCAAGAUGAACUCAAAGUCCAAAAAUUUCAAGCCCAACGCAGCCACCCUAGUCGGCGCAUUGUGCGCGUGUUCAUCUCUCAGGGCUCUGAGACUCGGCAAGUCCGUUCACGCUUACGGCGUGAGGUUGAUUGCCAACGCCAAUAUUGUUUUUGACAACGCGGUGUUGGACUUGUACGCGAAGAGUGGGUCGUUGAAAUAUGCGAAGAACCUGUUUGAUAAAAUGUGUAUGAGGGAUGUGAUUUCUUGGACCACUUUGUUGAUGGGUUACUCGCGUGGUGGUUACUGCAAGGAGGCUUUUAGUGUGUUUAAACAAAUGGUGCAUAGUGCAGAAGCUGAACCUAACGAGGCAACUAUUGUAACUGUUUUAUCAGCGUGUGCCUCAAUUGGAGCAUUGAGUUUGGGGCAGUGGGUGCAUUCGUAUAUUGACUCACGACACGACUUUGUGGUUGAUGGAAAAAUUGGGAACGCUUUGCUUAACAUGUAUGUGAAGUGCGGAGACAUGCAAAUGGGGUUUAGGGUUUUUGGUAUGAUUGUGCACAAGGAUGUUAUCUCGUGGGGCACUGUUAUUUGUGGUCUUGCCAUGAACGGUUACGGGAAAAAAACAUUGGAGUUAUUCUCACGCAUGUUGGUUGAAGGGGUUGAGCCUGAUGAUGUUACUUUUAUUGGGGUGUUAUCUGCAUGCAGCCAUGCAGGGUUGGUGAAUGAAGGGGUUAUGUUUUUCAAAGCAAUGAGGGAUUUUUAUGGCAUUGUGCCACAGAUGAGGCAUUAUGGUUGCGUGGUGGAUAUGUAUGGACGUGCUGGUUUGUUUGAGGAAGCUGAGGCUUUCCUUAGAAGCAUGCCUGUUGAAGCUGAAUGGCCUAUUUGGGGGGCUCUUCUUCAGGCAUGCAAAAUUCAUGGUAAUGAGAAGAUGUCUGAAUGGAUUAGGGGACACCUCAAGGGGAAAAGCGUUGGUGUUGGUACUCUUGCUUUGCUGUCUAAUAUGUAUGCCAGUUCUGAACGAUGGGAUGAUGCUAAUAAAGUUCGGAAGAGUAUGAGAGGCAAUGGAGUGAAGAAAGUCGUGGGAUGUAGCUGGGUAGAGCUUGAGGUGUAUAUGGAGGAUUCAAAAGUGUGUGCUGCCUAG